AUGCGUCUGCCUUUCGGCGUCCCGCCCGCCUCCCUGCCCUACUGCGUGCCCCUCGCGCGGCUCUCUGCACCGCCCUCUCCCCAAGCGUACUCGCACUCCACCACGCUCUGCCACAGCGCGCCGAAGCCCUUGCAGCGGGCCACCAGCGCGGGCAUCGCGCAUAGCGCCGAGGCCCCCGGCACCGGCGCCGAGGCCGCUGCGGCAGCGACCACUGCCGUAGUCGAGGCCUCCUGCUCCGCUGCCGCUGGCGCAGUGCUCACGGUCUCGCCGCACAAGAAGGCCGUCCUCGUGACGGGCGAGACGCAGAAGGUCACGGAGCUGCUCAAGGCGCUCAAGGGAAGCUGGAACAAGGGCCUCGGCGGCUGGUGCUUUCCGGGCUCGCAGCGCGCGGCGGUGCUGGCCGCGCUGCGCAAGGCGAGGUCACCCGAGAUACCCGAGGACCCGACCAACACCGUGACGGAGGGCGAGGCGGCGGCACAGCCGCCUGCGAAGCGGCAGAAGGGAAGCGCCGCCUCCGAGGGUGGCUUCGUCAACGACGACGACAGCGAGCGGGGCGGCACCAGCCAGCUGCAGUCCGAGAGCAACAGGGGGGCUGCAUUUGGGUCGCCGGCUCAAUGGAAGCGGCUCAACGGGCGGAUCGCCAUGCGGCCGUUCGCCACUCGCCGGAGG